CGUGUUUCUCAGCCCGUUGCCAGCCAUUAACACAACACUGCGCAGGACGUUAAAGCAUGCCUGCUCCUGGUGUAUUUAGUCAACUUGUCUUAUCAUGGGGUGAAUGAAACUCGAGAAUGUGAUGAUGGUAACACGAGUUUCGUCAGAUUUGUACAUUUGGACAUUUGUCCGGCUGUCAGCAGCGCCUCGUUCUCCUAUAGGCCGAAAUGAAGGCCCGUCUCUCAAAUACAAAUAAUUAUCACAAUAAUUGAUAAAAAAAAAUAGUAGUAGAAAUAGUCCAGAUUUAACAUGUUUUCAUGGUGAAUGUUAAGUUUAUCGCCAGUUGUAAUUAAACUAGGCCAAGCAAGGAUGGUUUAAGCAGCGGACAAGCAUCAAAGCCGGAAUAUCUCUCAGGUUUAUGGAACAUGCUGCUCCGUCUUAUCUAGUAAACGUUUACCCCUUCAGAACAAAAUGUAUAUGAGCUGUCUUACCCAAAAUGUUGGAAACAUGGCAAAAAUACACCGCACUGAACCAGUAGGCCCGACAGCGGACCUAUCGUCCAUUGUCAGGUUUCCCCGGAUGUGUGUGUGGGUGUGUGGGUGUAAAUUGGGCUUUUUACACCAUAUUUCCAUAAAUAUAAAUAGUUUGAAUGUGUUCAAUACCUCCCAAAGGCAUAUUCGUGGCCCAUUUGAUUAUAGCUGUCAUAUCUACGACUCCGGCCCGCUCAGAGGCUCGAAUCUCAUCCUCGAAUUAUGCGGUGCGUCGGAAUAAACGCUCUUUCCAAACACAAAUGGUGUCUGCAGCCCUUAACGUCUUCUUAUGGCCUGUAGUGUAUGGAGUCUUUGAAUUUGGGAAGCUGUUAAGACAAGUGCGACCAUGAUUGGCAGUGUGGCCUUAAAAUAGGAUCAAAUGUAGCCUAUACUUUAAUAAUCCCGGCAGGGAUAUUAGGGAUUUCCCUUAUCUUAUUUCUCUACAGUGUGGCCUGUGUGGUCAUGAGACGCCCUCACGAAAAAGAAUAUAGCAUCAGAAAAACAUUGCACCAGCGAUAACACUGUAAAUAACCGCUUCGUGAAUAGACUUUGAGGCCUACACAACGCCGUUAGCUUCAACCGGAGGUGCAAUUAGCUACAUAAUAUAUGAAUUGCUAUUGUCUAGGCCAUUUGAUUUGAAUAAUAUGAUCCAAAAAUAUCCACCACACAUAAGACAACAGCUAUAUUAAUAAUUAUAACUAUGAUACAAAUUAUGAUUAUAAUAAUAAUUGAUAUUAUUAUCAAUAUUAUAAUUAUUAUAAUGAUCUUAAUGCCAUGAUGAGACAGUAGUGAUGGAAGGGAAACCUUGAUCUCUGAGACUCGUCGUGCUGCAGCCUUGUUCACCUUAUUUACUUGUAGUCUUGUUGAUCUAUCUGCGGAGGCUAAGUGCGCAUUUGUCCCGGUCAGACAAGCCAUGGAUUUUCGUCUCUCCGAAUAGGCCUAUUUAAACAAACAUAGGGAAAUUUUAGAGCAGCAUUAGCCCAAUGAAUACAGAUGACUUUAUUUAGUGGACAGAUUUCCAACAAAUAUGUGCGCGUGCCUGCAUGCGCGUCUGUGAAAAGAACAAACGACAACAAUCGAAACGUUUAGUGAUGUGUUAUAUCUCUGGUAUUUUGGAAAUAAUUAGGCUAAUUGGUAAUUCCUUGCGAACACACGAGUUUAUCUAUGUGCUUGCGCGCGAGAGUGAGAAUGUUUGUUUGCGUGCGUGCGUGCGUGUGUGUGUGUGUGUGUGUGUGUGUGUGUGUGUGUGUGUUUGUGUGUGUGUGUGUGUGUGUGUGCGUGUGUUUAUGUGUGCGUUCGUUUGUGUGUUAUAUAUGUGUCAAGUGAACAUGUUUGUCCGAAGUAGCAACAUAAAAAACAUUAUUUGAUUCCAAAUAUGAGAUUUGCUCUAAACUUUAUUUAUUAUAAUAUAUUUUUAUUUAUUUGUGUUUGUUUGUGUGUGUGUGUGUGUGUGUGUGUGUGUGUGUGUGUGUGUGUGUGUGUGUGUGUGUGUGUGUGUGUGUGUGUGUGUGUGUGUGUGCGUACGCGCUUGCGUGCGUGCGUGCGUGUGGAAACACGGACAAGCACGAGCGCUUCAUUCGAUUCACUGGGGACCCUGGCGCGCAACAAGAGCCCCCCAUGGGGGCAAUACUGCAACCAUAGAAGCCAGUGAUUGGCCAGACGUUGAUCAGAUGGUAGAGAUCCCCUCUGCAUUCAGUCGUCCUUCGCAACCCCCUACAGCAAAAACCAAAUCUCCGAUAAAGUAAUGGCAAAACCACUUGGACUAUAAAAGACAACAAAUCAUAUUCCUCCGGAGUAUACGCGGUUGUCCAUCCAAUGAGUUCCUAUUUUGUUAACUCAACUUUUCCCGUGUCUCUAUCGGGCGGACAGGACUCUCUCCUGGGUCAGAUACCGCUCUAUUCGUCUGGAUACACCGAUCCUUUAAGACACUAUUCCAAUGCAGCCACUUAUGGAGCGGCCAACAUGCAGGACAAGGUGUAUCCUACCGCCGCGUCCUACUACCAACAGAGCAGCGCCGCGGCCGCCGCCGCCCUCUACGGCCGCGCCAACGGCGGCGCGCCCUGCGACUUUAACACCGUCGGUACUUUCUACAAGGACAGUGAGGGCUCGUGCGCCUUCGCCAAUCGGGAAGACCAGCCGCUGUUUGUAACUCAGGACCACCACCGCAAGACAGAGUGCCCGGAGCAGAGUGUCAGCAUGAGCAGCAGCCUGGACGACAAGUCUUCCCUGAUUUAUCCCUGGAUGCAAAGGAUGAACGCCUGUUCCGCCGGUACGUUUGGCAGCACGGGCCGAAGGGGCCGGCAGACCUACACGCGCUACCAGACCCUGGAGCUGGAGAAGGAGUUCCACUUCAACCGCUACCUCACGCGGCGGCGGCGCAUCGAGAUCUCGCACGCGCUGUGCCUCACGGAGCGCCAGAUCAAGAUCUGGUUCCAGAACCGCCGCAUGAAGUGGAAGAAGGAGAACAAACUGCUCAAUCCCGCCAAGCCCAGUGAGGAGGAGGAGGAGGAAGAGACGGAGAAAAACAAGCCCAGCUGAGGAAGGGCUGAAGCGCUGGCCCCGGGAUGUGCACAUCCCCCCCCCCCCCCCCGAUUGGCUUACACACGGCCUACGAAUAAAUACAAUUAAUGUGAAGACGAUGUAUCAUUUCUUUGUAGAUAUAGGCCUCAGUGUCGUGUAUCAUGGCGAAUAUGUUUGCAAAAAAAAUCAACGUGUAGAAUAUUAGACCAUAUUUGAACCUUUUGCACGGUGAUCUCUGUGUUAGACUGUCCUCCUUUGUUUGUGUUUGUGCUUAAUCGUGUGCUUAGGAGACUAUGCAACAUGGCCAAAUGUAAAUAGAUUUUUCAGUGUUUAGGGUUUGAAAAUGUUGUGAUCUCAAUAGAUCCUUUAAGUUGCUUCCAGCGUCCCUUAAAGCGGGUCUCUGGCCUGUGCUGUCCCUAGCCUUGUGCUGUUAGAUGUUCUACGGUUGUUGUCCUGCUAGCCAUAACGUUUUGUACAUCAAACCUACAUGCUAUUUAUUGAUUUUCCACCUGUGUUACAUGAGCAUCCAGAUAUUGUGUGCAAUAUUUUGUUAGAUAUUUGUACAUAGAAAUAAAGGCUUUUGUGUUAAAAAAAGAAAAUAAUAUUGGA